GCUGGCGAGGGCCCUUACUUACUACACACCCAGCAGGGCUUUAAAAAGGCAGGUCUCACAGGUCUCAUACUCCAUACUUUUUGGUUUUGGCGUUUUCUUCUGAACACCAGUCGAGUCCAGCAUCUUCAGCCUCCGAGUCACAUCACACCAGGGAUGCAGACGCCACAUCGCUGGUCUCGGAAUCUCCCACUCAUUUUUCUGGGAACUAUGUUGCUGGCAGGAGAUUGGGCUGCUGUGGAAAGCCAAGUCCUGUACGAACAUGAAAGAGAGGCAGCCUACUGGGAUGCCCAGGCCAAGGCCACGCUGGAUGCUGCGUUGAAACUCCGCCCUCGGGACCACCAGGCCAAAAACAUGAUCUUGUUCCUUGGAGAUGGAAUGGGCGUGUCCACUGUGUCAGCCGCUCGAAUCCUGGAAGGCCAAAUGCAGGGCAAUGCAGGAGAAGAGACGGUACUGGCCAUGGACGCCUUUCCAUAUGUGGCACUUUCGAAGACCUACAGUGUAGACAAGCAGGUGGCAGACAGUGCCAGCACAGCUACAGCUUACCAUUGUGGAGUGAAAGCUAACGCCAAAACUGUUGGACUGAGCGGCAAGGCAGUGGCCUAUGAAUGUAACACCACCUUUGGCAACGAGGUCUACUCUGUGUUGCGACGUGCAAAAGCCAAAGGUAAAUCAGUCGGUAUCGUGACUACCACUCGGGUCCAGCAUGCAUCACCGGCUGCUGCCUAUGCACACUCAGUCAGCCGGAGCUGGUACAGUGAUGCAGAUCUUCCCAGCAGCGCACGUCAUCAAGGGUGUGUGGACAUCGCCACGCAACUAGUCACCAACGUUGACAUUGAUGUGAUCUUGGGAGGAGGGAGGAUGUACAUGACACCAAAAGGAACUUCCGACCCUGAGUAUCCAGCGUCCAACUCUCGCAAGGGGGACCGGAAAGACCGGAGGAAUCUUAUAGACGUCUGGUUGAAGGCUAAACCAAACAAGAAUUCACACUAUGUUUGGCACAGGAAGGAGUUUGAUGAAAUAAACGUUGAAACUACUGAUCGACUCAUGGGUCUGUUUGAGCCAAAGGAUAUGAGAUUUGAAGUUUUCCGAAAUGCCACCAGGGACCCUUCAAUUGUGGAGAUGACUGAGAAAGCCAUUCAGAUCCUGAGCAAGAAUCCAAAAGGCUAUUUUCUUUUUGUGGAAGGAGGGAGAAUUGAUCAUGGACACCACGAUGGCAUAGCCAAACUUGCACUGACAGAGGCCGUGAUGUUUGAUCGAGCAAUCGAUCGAGCUUCUCAGCUCACCAGAGAAUCUGAUACACUGACUGUCGUCACGGCUGACCACUCGCAUGUUUUCACUUUUGGCGGCAACACACCCCGAGGAAAUCCAAUUUUUGGGCUAGCACCAAAAAAAGCAGAUGACCAAAUGCCUUUCACCAGCAUCUUGUACGCCAACGGCCCCGGUUAUGUGCAUAUAAAUGGAACCAGAGGGAACAUCACGAUGGUGGAUUACUAUGACGAAGAGUACAUGCAGCAGGCCGCCGUUCCUCUUGAUGCUGAGACGCAUGGUGGCGAGGAUGUCACCAUUUACGCCAAAGGCCCCAUGGCUCACCUCUUCCACGGGGUCAAAGAACAGAACUAUGUGGCUCAUGUUAUGGCCUAUGCUGCUUGUUUGGAACCCUAUACAGACUGUCCCCCUCAAACUCAUUUCCACACGUCCAGGGCGUGUGUGCACACGUUCUCAAAUCUAUUUUUUUUACUAAUUGCCUUCUGGCUAUCAGGAUGACAUCAACAAUAGAAAUGGAUCAAUUCACAGAGGUAUAAUGCAAGUAAGUGCAUAGCAUCUUUGCAGCAAGGAAUAAUUGAAGUAUUGAGCCAUCUCACUUGAAAUUUAAGCUAUUUAGACAUCAUCCAUAUAUGCAAGCAAGAAAAACAAUGUUUUAGGUAAACACCAGUCAACCAUUGGAAUAUGCAAAGCUUUAUAUGGUUAUUUCAUAUAAAGCAAUAUUGUCAUAGUAUGUUGUUACAAAAAUAUGCUGGUCAGGUUUCUGUCCUACUCUCAUCAUUCCAAUUAUUUACACAUGAAUCUGAGGUUGACACACCGAGAAUAACUUGAAGUCAACAAGGAUAACUGUUCACUUUGUUGAUGCACAUGUUGACACUGAAUGAAGGGCUGGACUCUAAACCAGGAACCAGCUUGCCAUGCCAAGCUCGAACACCAAUAGAACUUAAGAAUUUGUAAUGGUACUGUAUGUAUUUUCCAGGUUUUUAUAAAAAAAAACAUUUAAUGAAAUUUUAUCACAUCUUCACCUCAUGGGCAACGCAUUUAAUUUUUUGUUUCUCCGAGUUGCUGUCACUAAUCUAUUUUCAUUGUCCGUUAAUGUGUUAUAAAUGCAAAAUGUAUUUUUAUACAAUGUCUGUGCAGAAUGUCAGAUUGAAAAAUAAACAAAUUAAAUUAAA